GUGCAAAGUAUGUAAUGUCUGCAAAGUAUGCAACAAGCAAAGGACAGCAUGCAAAUGCAGAAAUUCUUUUCGGUAACUCAUUUCAUAAUGAAGUCAUCGUCAUCUACCCAGGUCACAACUGGAGACAAUGACUCUCGCUUAUGCGGGACUUAGCAUCCUUGACUAUGCUUUGUGGUGGCAUAAACCGCUGGAUGUUCAUUUCCCAAUUCCUGUGACGGAAGAAAUUCACCCCAAUCCCCCAAAUUCCGAUGCCAUCACUGAUCAGGGACUGCCGAAAACGGAGACCGCGUCAAAUCCGACUUCCAAUCCAGCGAAGAGCAUGAAUAUGCAACUCUUAUGGGUGUUUGGAGUGAUUGGCAUCAUUUUUGGUGGGGUUCAUUGCCUCGCGUGGUCAUUUCCAUUUCCGACGCGUGCGGAGAAACUUUUGUGGCGCAUUUCUGCGAUAAUUAUUACCGUGACCCCUGGCCCCUAUGUAUUGGGCUGGGCAAGAUGGAAAAGGGGGGAUGUGAUAAGCAUGCUCUUUGGAGCUCUCCCCGUACAAUUCUAUCCUUUUGCUCGGAUUAUCUUGUUCACUCUCACAUUUACAUCCUUACGGUCUCCACCCCCCGAUCUUUACCGAACUACAUCCUGGACAUCUUUCAUCCCCCACCUAGGAUAACGCAAUCGUAGACACAUAGUAUCGUUGCUCUCCAUAACAAGAACAGUCUAGUGGUAUUCGGACACAAAUACACCAGAUGCGUCCAUCACAACUAUCCUGCACCAUCACCACAAACGCACGGAUCGAAUGAGGUUCCUCUACAAGACUUCUCGCCAUACUAUCCCCCUUUGUCCUUGCCUUCCCCCUUUUUACCUAGCUACUAGUUGCCUAUCAACUCCCUACAUCCUUCACCGUCGCAUUGUGACACCCAUCGGCAUG